AUGUCUCAAAUCUAUCUGAAUUCGUCGAUGCUCGUCCAGUUAAACGCAACCGUGCAGGAGUUUAUAUCUGACUGGCUGGAGCAUUACAGCAUCCACCAACAGACUUUGAAUCCGACCCAGAGGAUCCUACAGUUUGGGACCACGACAACAGUAGUACUAUUAGGAUUCCUGUACUUGAUGGGCAAAUGGUUCCUGGGACCUGGAAAUGGCGGCAAGCCAGUGCCGUUCGAACUAGCGGUGCCGGAGGCGGCGCAGAAGCACUGGAAGGGCAAGAGACUGUUCUCCGCUUCCGUGUACGACCCGCAGCAGCCGGGCAUGAUCCAGAACUACUGCCCGGCGACGGGACAGUUUCUGGGCUCGUUCCGGUCGAUGAGCAAAGAGGAUAUCGAUGAGCGCUUUGCCGCUGCCGCUAAGGCGCAGGUCAGCUGGGCCAAGACGUCCUUUGCUCAGCGGAGGCAGGUGCUGAAGACAAUGCAGAAGUUUGUGCUGGAGAACCAGGAGAUGCUUGCGCGAGUGGCAUGCAGGGACUCGGGCAAAACCAUGCUCGACGCGUCUCUGGGAGAGAUCAUGGUCACUAUGGAGAAGCUACAAUGGAUGAUCAAGCACGGGGAGAGGACGCUGCGCCCAUCUAAGCGCGCAGGGCCUGCCAAUUUCUUCAUGAAACUGUACAAGGGCGGAGAGGUGCGCUACGAGCCCCUGGGCGUCGUCGGCGCGGUUGUCUCGUGGAACUACUCGUUCCACAACACGCUCGGGCCCAUCAUUGCUUCUACGUUUGCAGGAAAUGGUGUUGUCAUAAAGUGCUCUGAACAGGUUGUGUGGUCUAGUGAGUUCUUUGUUAAACUCGCGAGAGAAUCUCUGAAAGUAUGUGGGCACGACCCUGAACUGGUACAGCUAUGUUACUGCUUCCCGCCAUCGGAAACAGACGACACGGCCAACUACUUUACGUCGCAUCCAAGUUUGAGACAUCUGACGUUCAUCGGGAGCAAGCCAGUCGCGCAUCAUGUGCUCGCCUGUGCUGCGAAGAGCCUAACACCAGUGGUGGUAGAGCUUGGGGGCAAGGACGCACUCGUUGUGCUGGAUUCGGCAAAGGAUCUCGAGUCACUAUCCUCGAUAAUCAUGCGUGGAACAUUCCAAUCUGCAGGCCAAAACUGUAUCGGCAUAGAACGGGUAAUUGUCUGCCAAAAGAACUAUGAUGCCCUUGUGAAGAUCUUGGAACACCGUAUAUCGGAGCUGCGUGUAGGAGCUGAUAUUGAUAACUUGGAGGACGUUGACGUAGGAGCGAUGAUUAGCGAUAACAGAUUUGAUUACAUGGAAGAGCUGAUUCAGGAUGCUGUCAGCCAGGGCGCCCGUCUCUUGCACGGCGGCAGCAGGUACACCCAUCCAAAAUACCCACAGGGGCACUACUUCCAACCUACUCUGCUUGUUGAUGUGACCACAGACAUGCGCAUCUCACAGAACGAGGUCUUCGGCCCGGUUCUAACAGUCAUGAAAGCAAAGGACAUCGAGGACUGCAUCCGCAUUGCCAACGAUACGCCUUUCGGUCUUGGCGGGUCGGUCUUCGGAAAAAACCGCAAGGACUGUAACUACGUUGCCAACCACAUGAAUGUGGGAAAUGUGGCGAUCAACGACUUUGCUACAUACUAUGUUUGUCAGCUUCCCUUUGGCGGAAUUGGCUCCUCUGGUUAUGGAAGAUUUGGCGGCGAAGAAGGUUUGUUAGGGUUGUGCAACAGCAAGAGUAUCUGCUACGACAAGGUCUCAUGGAUCUCAACGUUCAUCCCUCCUCCCGUAGACUACCCAAUUAAGAGCAGUGCUGGCGCGUGGAACUUUGCCCGCGCCUUCAUCACAGGCGCCUACACCAAUUCCCUGUGGCAGAGGGCCAAAUCCAUCCUCGAGUUGGCGAAAGGUGGCCGUUAA